ACAGAUAAGGCUAAAGACAGCCAUGAAGUCCAAACCGAGCCCAUAUUGAACUUUUGGAAUAAUAAGAUGGUGCCGCCUCCUCCAGAUUGAUCGGGAAUUCUUCACCUUCCUUCUAUCGCUUCAUUAUGGCCCCGGGCAUCGUGAUAGAACCAGAUCCUGCCGUGCAGCAAGACGUAGCACGUAGCUUGUCCACCGUGACGGGCAAGUAUGACGACACCCUGCGAUUCUACCUGAAUGGGACUAAGGUGGUCCUGGACGAUGCGGACCCGGAGGUUACCCUGCUGGAGUACCUGAGGGGGAUUGGGCUUACAGGAACGAAGCUGGGAUGUGCUGAGGGGGGCUGCGGGGCUUGCACGGUGGUGAUCUCACAAUACAACCCCACCACCAAGAAGAUAUACCACGCCUCAGUCAAUGCUUGCCUAGCUCCGCUGGUGAGCGUAGAUGGCAAGCAUGUCAUCACCGUCGAAGGCAUCGGCAGCGUGAAAAGGCCUCACCCCGCCCAAGAGCGCAUUGCAAAGUUCAAUGGCAGCCAAUGUGGUUUCUGUACCCCUGGCAUUGUUAUGAGUCUCUAUGCUUUGCUUCGAAACCACACUGAUCCGACUGAGCACGAUGUGGAAGAAGCUUUCGACGGCAACUUGUGCCGAUGCACCGGAUACAGACCCAUCCUUGACGCCGCUCAAACCUUCAGUGCUUGUGGCAAGUCUAGUGCCAAAGGAGGAAGUGGGUGCUGCAUGGAGAAAGGAGGCUCAGGGGGUUGCUGCAGAGCAGAUGGCGCCGAUGGCAUCAACGGAGACAGCGAACCGAAGAAGAGAUUUACACCCCCUGGCUUCGUCGAAUACAACCCAGAAACCGAACUCAUCUUCCCUCCGGCCCUCCGUAAACACGAAUUCAAAGCCCUGGCCUUUGGCAACAAGCGGAAGCGAUGGUACCGACCGGGCACAUUGCAGGAGCUUCUCGAGAUCAAGAGCGUAUAUCCCUCCGCAAAGAUCAUCGGUGGAAGCACUGAGACACAGAUCGAGGUGAAGUUCAAAGCGAUGGACUAUUCAGUGUCAGUGUUUGUUGGAGAUAUCCCCGAGUUGAGACAGUACUCACUCGAAAAAGACUAUUUGGAGAUUGGCGGCAAUGUCAUCCUGACUGACCUUGAGGAUAUUGCAAAGGAGGCGAUGAAGCAUUACGGCGAAGCAAGAGCCCAACCAUUUGCUGCCAUCCUCAAGCAACUGCGGUACUUUGCUGGAAGACAGAUCCGAAAUGUUGGAACACCCGCGGGCAACCUCGCGACUGCGUCACCCAUCUCUGACCUCAACCCAGUGUUCGUCGCAUCGAACGCGAUUCUCGUCGCGAAGUCGUUGGACAAGACGGUUGAAAUCCCCAUGUCCGAAUUCUUCAAAGGCUAUCGUGUAACCGCACUUGCACCUGAUGCCGUCAUUGCGAGCAUUAGAAUACCCGCUGCGCAAGAGAAGGGCGAGUACCUACUCGCAUACAAGCAGGCCAAGAGGAAAGAUGACGAUAUCGCCAUUGUCAACGCCGCCCUACGCGUCACGAUCAAUGAUGCAUAUGUUGUUGACAGCGUUGACUUGGUCUACGGUGGUAUGGCCCCGACCACUGUCGCUGCGAAGAAUGCGAAGGAGUUCCUCACUGGCAAGGAAUGGACGGAUCCUGCUACCCUCGAAGGGGUCAUGAAUGCUUUAGAGCAAGACUUCGACCUUCGCUUUGGUGUACCUGGAGGCAUGGCAACCUACCGCAAGACGCUUGCGCUAAGCUUCUUCUACAAGUUUUAUCAUGAGGUCAUGAAUGAGCUGAAGGAUCAAGAAGCGGAAGUCGAUAAGGAGGCGAUUGGAGAAAUUGAACGGAUGAUAUCGACCGGACAAAAAGACCACAAAUCAAGUAUCGCCUAUGAGCAGACACAUCUCGGAAAGGAGCGGACGCAUGUUGCGGCGAUGAAACAAAGUACAGGCGAAGCACAAUACACCGAUGACAUCCCAGUGCAAAAGAACGAGCUCUAUGGCUGCUUGGUGCUCUCCACCAAGGCUCAUGCCAAAUUACUCAAGGUUGACCCUUCUCAUGCUCUUGAUUUACCCGGAGUGUACGCCUGGGUGGACCAUAACGAUUUGCCGAACCCCGAAGCCAACUGGUGGGGUGCGCCCAACUGCGACGAAGUCUUCUUCGCCGUCGACGAGGUCUUCACUGCCGGUCAGCCGAUCGGUGUCAUCCUCGCAGACAGCGCGAAACGAGCCGAACACGCGGCCCGGGCGGUCCAGAUCGAGUAUGAAGACCUUCCUGCCAUCUUCACGAUCGAGGAGGCAAUUGAGAAGGAAAGCUACUUCGACCAUUACCGAUAUAUUAAUAAGGGAGACGUGAAUAAGGCGUUUGCUGCGGCGGAUCAUGUUUUCACGGGUGUUGUACGGAUGGGUGGUCAAGAGCAUUUCUACCUCGAAACCAAUGCUUGCGUUGUUGUGCCGAAGCCUGAAGAUGGGGAGAUGGAAGUCUUCAGUAGCACCCAGAAUCCGGCGGAGACUCAAACCUAUGUUGCCCAAGUCACUGGCGUCGAUGCCAACAAGAUCGUGACAAGAAUCAAACGAAUGGGUGGCGGCUUCGGAGGCAAGGAGACAAGAUCGAUCCAACUGGCGGGAAUCUGUGCUGCUGCUGCGAAGAAGGCCAACCGACCGGUCCGAUGCAUGCUAAACCGUGAUGAAGACAUAGUGACCUCUGGCCAACGCCAUCCGUUCCUUGCGCGAUGGAAAGUCGCCGUGAACAAUGACGGCAAACUCCAGGCGUUUGAUGCCGACGUAUUUUCCAAUGGUGGCUGGAGCCAAGAUCUCAGCGGUGCUGUCGUCGACAGAGCUCUCUCGCACAGUGAUGGCGUCUACAAAAUCCCCAACGUCUACGUGCGAGGCCGUGUCGCGAAGACGAACACCGUCUCAAACACCGCCUUCCGCGGCUUCGGCGGACCUCAGGGCCUGUUCAUCGCGGAGUCCUACAUGUCCGAGGUCGCGGACCAUCUCAAGAUGCCAGUGGAGAAGCUGCGGGAAAUCAACAUGUACAAGCGUGGCGAUGCCACACACUUCAACCAGGAGCUCAAAGACUGGUAUGUACCGCUCAUGUACCAGCAAGUACAGGAAGAGUCGGACUACUGGCGCCGCAAAAAAGCCGUCGAGGAGUUUAACAAGACUCACAAAUGGAACAAGCGCGGGCUGGCUCUCAUCCCCACCAAGUUCGGCAUCUCCUUCACCGCCCUCUUCCUCAAUCAAGCCGGCGCGCUCGUCCACAUCUACCAUGACGGUUCCAUCCUCCUCGCCCACGGCGGCACCGAGAUGGGCCAAGGCCUGCACACCAAGAUGAUCAUGGUGGCAGCGGAGGCGCUCAAAGUCCCACAAGACGCCGUCUUCGUCGCCGAGACGGCCACCAACACCGUCGCCAACACUUCCUCGACCGCCGCGUCCGCCUCGUCCGACCUGAACGGCUAUGCCAUCUGGAACGCCUGCGAGCAACUGAACGAGCGCCUGGAGCCGUAUCGCCAGAAACUCGGACCGACUGCGACGAUGAAGGAGCUCGCGCACGCCGCGUACUUCGACCGCGUGAACCUGUCCGCGCAAGGCUUCUACCGCACCCCGGAUAUCGGCUACGUCUGGGGCCCGAACACCGGGCAGAUGUUCUUCUACUUCACGCAGGGCGUGGCGGCGGCGGAGGUGGAGAUCGACACGCUGACGGGCGACUGGACGUGCCUACGCGCGGAUAUCAAGAUGGACGUCGGGCGCUCGAUCAACCCGGCCGUCGACUACGGCCAGAUCGAGGGCGCCUUCGUGCAGGGGCAGGGGCUGUUCACGACUGAGGAGAUGCUCUGGCAUCGGGGGAGCGGGCAGAUUUUCACGCGGGGACCCGGCGCGUAUAAGAUCCCGGGCUUCCGCGACAUUCCGCAGGAGUUCAAUGUGUCGCUACUCAAGGACGUCGAAUGGGAGAAUCUGCGGACGAUCCAGCGGAGUCGGGGGGUCGGGGAACCGCCACUGUUUAUGGGGAGCGCGGUGUUCUUUGCGAUUCGGGAGGCGUUGACGGCGGCGAGGAAGCAGUUUGGGGAGGAGGAGGUGCUGAGUUUGAGGAGUCCGGCGACGGUGGAGAGGAUCAGGGUUAGCUGUGCGGAUCCGAUUGUGAAGAGGAGUAUGGUCAACGCGGAGGAGGGCGAGAAGAGCUUUUUCGUUUCCAUCUAGAUUGGGAUAUCUUGGUCAGGAUACGAUUUCAGGGAAUUGAAUUGGCCUAUUGGUGAGGGGGGUCCGACACUGUUAUUUGGACUAAAUUUGUUGGAAUAGCUAUGCGUGAAGGGUAUCUCGCAGACAAUCAUUUCGGCAUAAAAUCAUAAACAAAGCUCCCAACGACAA